CUGCUUCUUAUUGUUCGUUUUCUUUAGCACUCUUUCUGUUCUUCCAAACCAGAAAGAGUGCUAAACCCCCCAAAGCCAAAGGUACCUUAUCAACCCCUCAAUUCUAUUCUAUUCAAAAAGACCCAAUCUUUAUCACAAAUCCACUCGAUUCAAUCCAACCCUUUAUUCAAUUCGCCCCCAAUUCGAAACCCUAAUCUUGCUUUCUCUUCAAUUUCAAUUCCAAUUUUUCUAGGGUUUGAUCAGGGUUCCAAUCAUGGGAGGACCCGGUUCCUUUUUCGGGUCUGGAAAAGCCCGAUUCCGUGGGGCGUUCAAUGCAAUUAGUGCUAUGGUGUUGUUCUUCUUAUUCUACACCAACAAUGGUUUUAUCAAAAACCCAACUCUGGAUGCUUCGAAUUCGGGUCUUCGUCCUAUCCGGAGCUCCAAAGUUGAUGCCUUUACGGCCAAUCGAGUCGGAAUUAGUCGCCGGAGAAUGGCCCAGGUCAAUGCUGAUGUUACUUUUUCGAAUACUAGUAGUGUUAAUGUAUCAGAUGCCAAUUUUUUUACAGCUGCUGAUACCAAAAUGUGCACUGGGUUGUUCACCCACAUUGGUUUCGCUACCAAAUGUGAGUACUUGAUUGCCCACCCGGAAUGUAACCCCGGCGGCCACUUCAAUUACAUUAAGUUUCUCUACUGUGACUGUGGGAGAUUUUACUUUGUUGGAUAUAUUGCAUUGACUAUUUGGUUAGCUGCAUUGUUCUAUUUGUUGGGGAAUACGGCCGCGGAUUACUUCUGUUGCUCACUGGAGAAGCUCUCGAGUCUGUUGAAUUUGCCCGCCACUGUGGCCGGUGUGUCCCUGCUUCCGCUAGGGAAUGGUGCGCCGGAUGUGUUUGCGAGCAUUGCUGCUUUCGUGGGGAAGGAUGCUGGUGAGGUGGGGUUGAAUAGUGUGUUGGGGGGAGCUGUUUUUGUUACUUGUAUUGUUGUUGGUAUUAUAUCUCUUUGUGUGGCUGAUAAGGGGGUUCAGCUUGAUAGGAAGUGCUUUAUUAGAGACAUAUGUUUUUUUCUGUUUACAAUAUUCUCGCUUGUGAUGAUGUUGUUGGUUGGGAAGGUUACUGUUGGGGGUGCUAUAGCAUUUGUGUUGAUUUAUGCGGUUUAUGGGUUUGUGGUGGCUGCGAAUGAGCUUUUGCGGAAGCAUGUUAGGAAGUUGAGGUUGGAUGUAGUGACACCAUUGCUUCCUGUCAGAGGAAGUAUAUUUUCGCAGGGAAUUGAGGAGGACGAAUCCAUAUAUGCCGGGCUACUUGAAUCUGAAGAGGGGAGUUGCGUGCCUCACCUCCAAAGUAAGCUGCCACAGUGGAUGUGGGCUUCAAAUGUAGCAAUUUAUUCAAAUCAGAGUGUGAAGAAUAGUGUAGACAGCCCAAGGUCAUUGUGGGGUUGGAACGAAGAGGAGCAGGGCAAUGGACAUUCUGCUUCUUAUAAAGUUCUAUCAAUGUUAGAAAUUCCAUUGACACUGCCGAGACGGUUGACGAUCCCCAUCAUUGAGGAGGAUAGGUGGUCCAAAGGUUAUGCUGUUGCGAGUGCUGUGUUAGCUCCUAUGCUUCUUGUAAUUUUAUGGAGCACUCAAGAUGAUGUGGGAUCUAAGAGUGUGAAGAUUGCAUAUUUCAUCGGAAUUGUCUCUGGUGUUGUUUUGGGUGUCCUUGCAUAUAUGUACACCAGAGCUGACCAGCCUCCUCGCAAAUUUUUAUUUCCUUGGGUUUUGGGAGGAUUCUUCAUGAGUAUCAUCUGGUUCUACAUUGUUGCAAAUGAACUAGUUUCAUUACUGGUGGCACUGGGUGUAAUCUUUGGAAUAAAUCCAUCAAUUCUCGGAUUGACUGUAUUGGCAUGGGGCAACUCAAUGGGUGAUUUGAUGUCGAAUGUUGCACUUGCAAUUAGUGGUGGUGAUGGUGUACAAAUUGCAAUGUCAGGAUGUUAUGCUGGGCCUAUGUUCAAUACACUUGCUGGUUUGGGGAUGUCGAUGCUGUUUGCCGCCUGGUCUAAGCGACCGGCAUCUUAUAUAAUACCCAAAGAUAGUAGCUUGUAUUUUACAAUGGGAUUCCUAGUGGCAGGGCUUAUUUGGUCACUGAUUGUGCUGCCCAGAAACGACAUGCGCCCCAACAAGAUCUUAGGAUUUGGCCUUAUAACACUCUAUAUGAUAUUUCUCUCCCUCAGAAUAGCUGCAUCAAUGGGGGGACUGUCACUGGUAGUUCUAUGAAAAUAAAAAUUGCAUUGGUUACUAGCUAGGUUGUGUAUUGUACAGAGUUGAGUUGGACUAGCAUUUUUUGUUGAUGCCAGAAGGUGGGUUUUUCAUCAGCAGUAACAAUUACUGUUUGUUGUCUUUGAUAAUGUAAUCCACUUUCAUGUUAAUACGAAAACAGAUUUUGUUAA